GCUCGGCGCGGCCGAGUCGGGGGCGGCUUGUUUCUCUGCGCAGGCUCGAGACCCUGUCACACGUUACGCAUGUAGCACCACUGGCUGGCAGUAAAUGUUAACCGGUCGAUCCCGCCGUUCGCUGCCAAACCGAUUGCGCGAUACACGUGGACCGUCCGCACCUACAGGAAUGAUCACAGGCUGAAAAGGACCCUUUGGUGAAAGAAAGCCGACCGGCUAUGGAGUCGGUGCAUGAAAACGUGGAACACAGCGGUUCCCAAAUGGGGUUGCAAUGUUAGCAGGGAAUGAAGCAUCUACAAUCGGAUGUUUCUGGCUUGGAGACCCAUAGUUUUUGGUGCACUUCCUGCAUGUGAUGGCAAGGUGCUGCCUGGCUCGGACUGUCACUGUGGUGUCUCUCACUGUCAAUCUGUCUGCAGUUGGUCUUCCGGCCUCUAGUUGCCACCUCCUCCACCCACUACUCCAGCCACUCAGGGAAGUGGCCUACAGUGUAUAUCCAGCACAUUGGUUUCAUCUUUACUCUGUCAAUAUGUCAAGCUAUUAUGACUCAAAGGAGAAGUCCCACCACAGCAAAGCACUCACUUCUCCUUAUCCAGGAUCAAGUGUUGAGCGUAGCAAAGUCCCCAGUGACAAAGUGGGCUGGUUAGUUGAGUGGAAGGAUUACAGCCCUGUGGAGUACACAGCAGCAUCCAUCUUGGCUGGACCCAAGUGGGCAGAUCCUCAGAUCAGUGACAAACACUUUUCUCUCAAGUUUAAUGAGAAAGAUGGACAAGUGGAGAGGAAGAGUCUGAGUGGCUUGUAUAAGAUUGAAAAUGGGCGGCCCAGAAACCCAGUAGGCAGGACUGGACUGGUAGGUCGAGGGCUGUUAGGGCGCUGGGGACCAAACCAUGCUGCAGAUCCUAUUAUAACCCGGUGGAAAAGAGAUAAGAGCGGUAGCAGAAUAGCUCAUCCAGUCUCUGGCAAGAACAUUUUACAGUUUGUAGCAAUCAAGAGGAAAGACUGUGGGGAAUGGGCCAUCCCAGGGGGUAUGGUGGAUCCAGGAGAGAAGAUUAGUGCCACACUGAAACGAGAAUUCAGUGAGGAGGCAUUGAACUCCUUGCAGAAAUGUGCUGCAGAGAUAAAAGAGCUGGAACAACAAUUAGACAGACUCUUCAACCAGCAACACUUGGUGGUUUAUAAGGGAUAUGUGGAUGAUCCUCGUAACACAGAUAAUGCCUGGUUGGAGACAGAAGCUGUGAACUAUCAUGAUGAAUCUGGUGAGACAAUGGAUAACAUGCCUCUGGAAGCAGGUGACGAUGCUGGAAAAGUAAAAUGGGUUGACAUCAGUGAAAAACUCAAGCUAUAUGCUAAUCAUAGCCAUUUCAUCAAACUUGUGGCUGAGAAACGAGGAGCCCACUGGAUGGAAGAACCUGUCACUGAUUGCCAAAAGUGAUGGUUCUGGAAACCGAAACAAAUUUUUGAAGGGAAAGACCAUUCUACAUCAUUCAAAGAGAGAGAGGUCAUCUUUUAUAUGUUCCCUUCAUUGGUUUUCAGUACAAACAAUAAACUUUUAAGGAAGCAGAAGUAGAUAUAUAAUGUUAAAUCCAUCAGACAGGAAAAAUUCAUAUAAAAUAGCAUGUAUAUGUGCAUGCUCCAGUUAAAUUGCUGGCAGAAUUUGAGUGCAUCCACACAUGGCCUUAAUCAGAGUUUAUGAUAAUCUUUUGUUUGGCGCACAGUUGUAAGUGGAGAUGAACUUGACUAAAAAUACACUUUUUUCUAUAUUGCCAUCUUAGUUUGAGCAAGCUCUUAAUAUCUGCUCACUUACAUGAAAGUGUUAGAAUCUUAAAUUGUACUGGUUCACAAGCUGGGAAUUUAGCUGUGUUGUCUUACAGGCUGGCUUCAGGUUUAAUAUACUAGCUUAUUUAAGCUGAUGCUCUGAAAGACAAAUAGGAGGCAUGUUUGCAUUUCUCUCGCCCAUGGGCUAGUAUAGCUCCAUUGCCAUUGAUGAAAGUACUCUUCAUUUAGACUGGGUAAGCAGAUAUAAGAUCAGAAUUUGACUCCUCUCCUGGGGAGUGGAAAUUUUAAAGGAAUUCACUUUUUAGGUUGAAAGGAGCUAUCAGUAUGUAGUUGUCCAAACCUUGUGACACACUGGGUAACAUAGGGGAUUUUCUAGAACAUCAAGGGCAGUAAUCAAUGUGUAUAUAAAUUAUAACUUGGAAUAAAAUGCACAUAAUCA